AUGGAAGCCCCAAAGGACGACGAAAUUGAGCCAAACGAGUGGUACGAUGACGAGGGCGGAAACGACGCCUCAACCGCCGUCAAAACGGAAGUUAAUGGGUGUCUAGGGGAUAUAAACAGUCACGGAGAAUCGGAUCUGUUUGGGAAUAAAUCGCCGACAUUUUUAAAGGAACGCGGAAAUUUGCAUUUCAAGGAAGAGAGAUAUGAAGAGGCCAUAGAGUGGUAUACAAAGGCAAUAAUGAGGCUAGAAUAUUCGGAAAAUGACGUGCUGAGGGCACAAAUUUUGUGCAAUCGAGCGGCUUGCCACCAGGCCCUAAAGUCCUGGGAAACAUCAAUACAGGACUGCAAUGAUGCUAUAUGCUUCGACGGAUCAUAUGCAAAGGCCUUUGUGAGGAGAUCCGUGGGAUAUGAGAAUAUAAAAUCGUAUCAGAGGGCGUUGGCAGAUUUAAAAAAGGCCAUAGAGCUGGAUCCGACACUAGAGGACAAAUACAAAGCCAGACGGGACCAGCUGAAGAAGCAUGCCGAUGUAGAAUUUGAACGGGAAAAGACAGAGAUGAUGGGUAAACUCAAAGAUUUUGGAAACACAAUGCUAGGAAAGUUCGGGCUCUCUCUAGACAACUUUAAAGUGAACAAGAACGAAAAUGGGUCGUACAAUAUACAGUUUCAACAGUGA